CGAAAUGACAAUGUUCUGGAGACUAUGAAAAGUGUGGGAAUUUAAAGUUGCCAGCUUAAUCAAGUGGCUUUCAAAUAUACACUCAAUUCCUCCUAAUGGACGUGAAGUUUACCUUAGUAGAUGAUAAUAAAGAAAACAGCAGUGAAUUAGAUGUAGAGGAAGCAGUCCAGAACAGUUCGAUUCUGUCAAGGCCUCCAAUUGUACAAUUUUCAAACAAAUCCUUUAACCCUUUGUAGGUAUUUAUUCUGUUUUGUUUGUUUAUCAUAGUCAUAUACAUUUGAAAGAGUUCCAUUUCCCGGUCCAUAUUUUUUUAAAGCUUGGGUACCUAGCAUGCCAUCAAGUAAACAACGCAGCAGUUCAUCUUCUUAUCAAGUAAGCGCCUAAGCAUUUGCCAAAUAUAUACAUACUAUAUAUUUCAUCUAGAUAAUUACAAAAAAUUCACUACAAAAAGUCUAUGUCACGUUUAUGCGUGCUUGGCCGAUAAAUUUUGCUUUUCGACCGCCUGUAACACCCUACGACUUCUUGAUUCGAAUUACUCCAAUGUUUUCAUAUGCAGAAAGAUGUAAUGAAGUAGUUCAAAGAUGUAAAAAACACGAAGCACAAACACUAUCUGAAAAUCAAGCUCUGAUGGGGAAAUCAUUUGUAGAAAUUCUUGGAGGUAAUUGUCAAUAUAUGAUAGGCAGUACUAUACCGAAUUGUCCAACUGGUCAAAUAAGUGUCUGUACGUCUAUUGAUGUUCUUCAGCUUCUGCAUCAAUCGAAACCUGAGCCUCCGUUUAGUUCUGUUGAAUCAGAUAUAUCACAAUCAUCAUUACUUCCUGAAGUGAAAGGAUAUCUACACUGUCGACUUAGUUGUUAUAAUAGUUGUCUUGGUUCGGCAUCUCGAGGUGAAGUGGAAUUGAUUAUCACUUUAGAAGCAAAAAGCAAUGAAUCCCCUGCUGGAGAGGAGACCUAUAAAAUAUUUGGUCUGAGUAAAAUCUCUGUUCGUUGUUGUUCAUGCCCGGCAAGAGAUGCGAAAUCAGAUUGUAAACAAUCGGAGAUAGUUUCAGAAUUCGAUUCUACCGACAACAGUUCUCGAAGAUUAUCUCUGAAUUUAUCCUCUCAAUCAAAUAUUCGCUUAAAAAAUGACAGUUCAAAAAUACGUCGUAGUUGUCCUAGCAAGAUUCAUAAAGUUGAAAAUAUAAGUCCAAUUGAUUCAUAUUCUUCUGUAAUUAUUGAUGGGAAAAAAUACUAUAUUACUGUGACUGAUGAUCAAGGAGUGGCUGCCUCAAAUAUGACACUGAGAAAUUCAGCUGCUUUAAUCUCUGAACAAUGGAGGUAUUCUGGUUCACAUAAUCGAAAGCUGAAACAAAUUAAAAAGUUCUAUAAAAAAUUGGAAUGUUACAUCUCUGACUGUGUCAGUAAAGACAUGUUACGAAAAGUAACUGAUCCUGUUGUAUCUCAAGGAUCGCAGGAUAGUACUAGUUCAAAUUCUUCUACAUCUGAUAAGCAAGUUGGUACGGACGAUAUCUAAAAAUGGAAUAUUAAACUCAAACUCUCUGGUGGAUUAUUUUGCCUUUCCCAAUGACGAUAAUUCCUAUUUAACCCACAAUUAGGCUCUUUCUUUAUGUAAAUAAUUUUCUCCGAUUAUCUUAUACUAAUUUAACUUUUGUCUUGCCUUAUAUAUUCUCUCAGUCAGGCAGGAGAAUGAUGUGAAAUUAUUAUAAUUAUAAAAUAAGUGACUUACGUAUUUUUGAUAGCAAAAAAAAUCAUGACAUUAUUGUAAAUAAAUGUGAUCAUUAGUUC